AUGAAAUACUAAGAGAUAGAUUUAGAAGAUCAAACAAAUUAGAUAUAGUAUGAAAGGAUUAGUGAGUCCUAUCCUCCUAAUACAAAAAAUAACUAUCGCUAUCUAGCAGAAGUUCAUACCAUUUUGUAAAAAAUAGACAUUAGUCAAAUAGAUACUAGUUAAGAUAUUAUUUCUAGAACAAUGACUAAUAGUAAUGAUAUACGAUAAAUAUAAGUUCUCCAUUCUGAGUGGUUUCCAAUUUAAUAUGAAUAAUCAUAUUAUGAUAAUAUGCUAACACAUAAUAAAAAUUUAGUUCUUGAACUUGAUCUAUCAAGAUUUGGAUUCUCAAAAUAUAUAAUUGCAGCUGUAAUAUAUAAUAAAAAGAGCACAACUUUUAAGGAAAUGAAGUUCUCCUUCAAAGAUUUAUGCACAGACUCUUACUGUUUAUAUAUUCAAACUAUCGGAGUUAUAAAUGAAUUUCGCUAACAUGGUUUGGCAUCUUAUUUACUAAAUUACAUCAAGGUAGAAGCCAGUAAAAAUUAAAAAGUAAAAUAUAUUAACUUGCAUAUGGUUACGUAUAAUAAAUCUGGAGAACGAUUUUACUUAAAAAAUGGAUUUUAGUAAAUCGAAAAAUGUAAAAACUAUUAUAAUAUUGAAAAUAAGUAAUACGACUCCUAUUUAUUUUGCUUUUAUGUAAAUGGAGGAGAACCCCCAAUAACGUUCUUUCGCUAUUUAUCUGAAAAAAUAAGCUACUCUUUAUCUGCUAUUAAAUCUUUAGUAAGUAAAUCUAACAAAUUUGAAGAAAAUGAUAUUAAAAUGAUAUGA